UGGCGGUAAUGAUCACGAACCACCCACAAAGCAGAAAGAAGACGCUUCUCCAGAAGCUAGCAGACUGAAGCAGCAGCGCUGUAAACCAUCACCAGGCUGUGGAAACUUUCUUCUCCUCCUCAACAACUUGGUGGAGUUCUUUCCAGAACCACCAGAGAAGAUAUUCUGCGGUUUUCGUGACAAUCGGAGCUCCAGAAUCAGGUUGUGGGGCAGAAAAGCUUUUCUCUAGACUUCCUGCCCUCUGGAUCUGCUGCUGUUCCUUUGGCCUCUCUGAGAAACGCGCUCGUUUUGCUGCUUUCAUCAGAUUGAAGAGGUUCCCUCUAUCAGACUGCAGGAUCGCUGCUCGCUCUCUGAUCCAUCCUGCUCACACUCUCCGACGGAAAAGCCUCGGAACGUUAUCAGCUGCUUUGUUUCUUUUGCAGCUGUUAGCUAAACACGGCUAAAGCAGACCUGCUACCACUUCAGGAUCUGGGACUGAGUCAUCAUCUGGAUCUGGACAACAUGGAUACAGAUGCUCAUCUGGUGGUGCUGGUUAAAGAAGAAGUUACUGAAGAACAGAGUGCUGAUGUGUAUCAGCGGGACUCAGAACACCUCCACAUAAAGAAGGAAGAGGAGGAACUCUGGACCAGUCUGGAAGGAGAGCAGCUCAAUUUAAAGGAGGAGACUGGUGCCGCCGGGUUUCCAUUCACUGCUGUUUCUAUAAAGAUUGAGAAUGAUGAAGAGAAACCUUUGUUCUCACAUCUUCAGCAGCAAAUAGAAGACACAGAUGUCCCAACCAGCAGCUCAGCUUACCUCAUGAAAGCAAAAACUGGUGGAGCAGAAAUUAGCAGCCACCCAGAUAUGAACCCUCAUGAACAAACCUCCGAUUCUUCAGAGACUGAAGUUAGUGAAGAUGAUAAAGAGGAGGAUGAUUUGAAUCUAGAUUCUGAGUUGUCAGACUCUGGGGACGGAGACAAUGACUGGAAAGAGAACGUGUCGUCUGAGUCGGAAGUUAAGACUGUCAACAAAUCCUUUAGCUGCCCCGAGUGUGGUGAACAAUUUCUGCACAAACAGUCUCUCAAGGAACAUGUGAGACUGACAAGUCAUUCAGCAAUGAGGUCUUCAGGCUUUUUGCGUAACACGAAAUGUGUAAAGCAACAUGUAGACUCUUUCAGGAAAGUCCAGACAGAACUAAAAUUUUUCAUGUGUGAUGACUGCGGAAAAAGAUUUAAUAAAAAAUCUAAUUUAAACAGUCACAUGAGUAUCCACACAGGACAGAAACCUUUUGCUUGUGAUCUCUGUGGACAAACAUUUAGAUUAAAGGCAUAUUUAAACAGUCACAUGAGUGUCCACACAGGACAGAAGCCUUUUGCCUGUGAGUUUUGUGGACAAACAUUUAGACGAAAAGAACAUUUAAACACUCACGUGAUUGUCCACACAGGAGAGAAGCCUUUUUCCUGUGAGCUUUGUGAACAAAGAUUUACCCGAAAGGAAUAUUUACACAAGCACAUAAAAGCCCACACAGGACAGAAACCUUUUGCUUGUGAGGUUUGUGGAAAAAGAUUAAGCCAAGAGAAUAUUAUAAACGGUCACAUGUGUGUUCACACUGGACAAAAGCUUUUUGCUUGCAAGGUUUGUGGAAAAAGAUUAAGCCAAGAGAGUAUUAUAAACGGUCACAUGUGUGUUCUCACAGGACAGAAGCCUUUUGCCUGUGAGAUUUGUGGACAAAGAUUUAGCCAAAAGAAACAUUUAAACAGUCACAUAAGAGACCACACAGGUCACAAGCAGUUUGCCUGUGAGAUUUGUGGGCAAAGAUUUAGCCAAAAGGAACAUUUAAACAGUCACAUAAGAGACCACACAGGACAGAAGCCUUUUGCGUGUGAGAUUUGUGGGCAAAGAUUUUGUCAAAAGAAAUAUUUAAACAGUCAUAUAAAAAUCCACACGGGAGAGAAGCCUUUUGCGUGUGAGAUUUGUGGACGAAGGUUUAGCCAAAAGUCAAAUUUAAACAGUCAUAUAAAAGUCCACACAGGAGAGAAGCCUUUUGCCUGUGAACUUUGUGGACAAAGAUUUAGCCGUAAGGAACGUUUAAACAGUCACAUAACAGUCCAUACAGGACAAAUGCCUUUUGCUUGUGAGGUUUGUGGACAAAGAUUUAACCGUAAGGAACGUUUAAACAGUCACAUAAGAAUCCAUGCAGAACAAAAAGCCUAAAUUGCCUGUGAGGUUUGUGGACGAAGGUUCAUUCACAAGAAACCGUUAUACAGUCAGAUGAAAGUCUUUUUACAUAUCUGUAAACUUGUUGCUGUUUGGUGAAAAUUGCUGUUUUUGAAGCCAAAUAUGUUCAUGUGAAUUGUAUAAGAGUUUCUUUUAGGGUGGUGGGCAUGGCUGCAACUAUUAUAAAUGUUGGUGCAUGAUUAUCAUCUGAGAAAUAAUCAUUGUGUCAAAAAUAUUGCAAUUGUUUUACAUAAAUUGAGUUUGCAUGUUAAUAGAGUAAUAUGCAACAUCUCUUCUGUUCUGGGUCAAAUUGACUUGCUGACUAAAAAUCAAAACUAAUGACUCAAGAUAAUUUGUAUUGAAAGUAAACUUUAUAUAGGUACUGUUUUGGAACAAAAUAACAAAACAAAAAUAUAUGGAUUGGCAUAAUGAACUCCACAGAACACAAAUGACAUAUGUUGUGACAGUAAAAACUAUGCAUAGAACCAGAAAUACACAAGAAUGAUUAGGUGAAAAUGAACAAGGUGCAUGUGUCUACACAGCACUUGAGGGACAUGUCAUUAGUGUGUUUUGUACAAAUUACUUUUGCACAUUUAAAAAUGACUUGCUUGGGCUGCAUGGUGGCGCAGUGGUUAGCAAUGUUGCCUCGCAGCACGAAGGUCGCAGGGUCGAAACUCGGCUGUGGCCUUUCUGCGUGGAGUUGCGUGUUCUCCCCAUGCAUGCGUGGGUUUCCUCCGUGUACUCCGGUUUCCCCCACAGAUCACAACAUGCCCUAUAGGUUAUAAAUUGUAAGUCACUUUGGAUAAAAGUGUCUGCUAAAUAAAUAAACAUAAACAUAAUAUGACUAGCAGCUUCCUCAUAUUGCUCAUUAUCAGAAUAAUCGAAUUCAGAAGUGCUAUAGAAACAACGCUGCCUUGCCUAAAUCUUGACACAUCCUCCUCUGUUUUACUGUCAUGAUCAAAGAUGAGGUCCAGAGAUUCUUGGGCUGUCAUCUAUGCUGCUCAUUUUGUAAAAACUGCAGAGUGUAAUGUUGUAGGACCCCCUUUGGAGACUAUCUUUAUAUGUUUUGCUCUUCCUCUACUGUAGUGAUGUGUCGGUCGCGAACGAACCGGCUCUAAGAGCCGGCUCUUUGAAGUGAACGACGGGAGCCGGCUCGUCAUUGGGCGCCGUCCCCUCCCCUCUUGCUUUGGUGAAAGCUACAGGCGAUUGGUCAACAUAUGUAACUGCGUGUCCAGACUGUCCACACACAGAGCAGUAGGGGCGGGGAAGAGGGAGGAUCACAUGCGGGUGGAGGGAGACGAGAGGGAAUGAGGAGGAGGAAAAAGUUAAGCGAGAGGGAGGAGAUUGCGACGAAGACGGUGAGAAAAUGUGCGCCAGCAGUCGGAAAGUGGAGAUUUCUUAAAGUGUUCAGUUAUUAAAUCCAUAGAAAUGAUAAAUAUUUGAUAUAUAGCAUUUUUUUUACAUUAGUAAAUCAUUUUACAUAUAGUUUUGCAUUAUUUUGCUUAUAAAUGUACUCUGCAACAGAAAAUCUGAGGAGCCACUUGGGAGCCGAAAGAGCCGGCUCUUUUUGGUGAGCUGAGCCAGAAGAACCUAGCCUGGCAAGCUUUGCAAAGCAAGAAUUUGGUCUAGUUCACUAGGCUAAAAAGAACCGGCUCUCUAAAAAGAGCCGUAAUUCCCAUCACCACUCUACUGAGUGCCCACUCGGUGUUUGUGCAGUUUGCCUAUAUGAGAACCCUUUCUGUGGGUGGAGUUUACCCAGAGGAACAGAAAAGGUUCCGGACAACACAUUCAAUCUCCCACUUAUUUUACAGGUUAACAUUUUUAUUGUAUGAGUUGAUUUCAUACUGAAAAAAUAUCUUUCAACUACUUUUUUUAUUUAAAAUGGGCCAAUUUGACCGGCAGCUUAACAGGAGCGUAAAUCUGCUCUAACUGUAAAAUGCUUUAUUUCAUGGGUGAUCAGUCAGAACUCUUCAAAUAAACCUACUGUUUACAAACAUCAACUUAAAGUACUAUAAAAUAUGUUGAUAAUAUGAUAAUCCAAACUCACAAUAAAUAAUUGAAAAAAGUUGUCUUCUUUGAACUUUCACAAAUAUACUAAAGCUUUUACAAAUUACCAACUGAUUUAGCUGUUAACGUAGAAUUGUCUAGUCCAAGUUUGAAGAGUGUUGUAGUUUUGAGCUAGACCAGAUGGAUAAAAAAUUCUGAAAUGUGUGUUUUCUGAACUAAUAAAUAAAGGUUUCACAUAUCACAAA